AUGUGGAAGAAGAAUCGAUCUGCUAAAGAGCGAGAAAUUGGCAACCCCACGCUACUCGCGACCACAUUCGAUAAUACUGCCCUCCGGAACAUGACAAGCAUCAAUACUCCCGCUAAUCGUGAGCACCGCGCCAACGAUAGCCACAGUCGGCAGGAAAGGGGUCAUCAUUCCGGGCCAGGCCUACCCCCUCUACCAUUUAAAUCAAUGGAGCCGACAACCCUCAGGAGAAAUCCUCCAUCACGACCUGCAGUGACCUCAUCAAUAUAUUCGGAACGCGAUUCAUAUCCACAACCUGAACCUGAUCUGUCAUCAAACAGAUACAAUACGCACCCGUCAGGGAACCACAAGAAUUAUCAGACCGGGUAUCGUGACAGCAAAUAUACAGAUAUUUCGCCGCCAAAUUCUCCGAUAUUUAUACCCAGCGGAUAUCGCGAAAGUCCUGAUGUAUCUCCCAUAGACGAGCCCCUUCCGCAGUUCCCGCCUCCAAAAGAAACCCGGCUUGCGACCGCUUUGCCUGUUCCCCCUAAGGAUGUCCCCACCAAAACGAACACAACAGUGCAAGCGCCUUCUCAACCAUACGAACUGCCUCCUCCACCCACAAGACUGAAGCUGACGUCCCCAAGAGAGGCUUCAAACAGACUCACAAGAUGGGACGACUUUUCGGGGGAGCCCACCGAAAGUGAAAAGGGCAAGGUUGCACAAGUUAUUCCUGGGAGUAUAGCCACGAAACAGAGUCCGACGACCAAGCAGACAUCUAAACAGGGGUUUAAUUUCCGUGCUAAAGGGAAAGAAUUGAACCAGGCAAGGAAAAAAAUUAUGGAAGGGCGGCGCCAAGCUGAUAAAGAUGUUAAGGUGGACAAGGAUGAUCCCGCUCGGAUUCCGCCUCCUCGAGAGCCAUGGAAAGGUGCAAGUGGACGAACUGCCAUUGUUAACCCUAUAGAGACCAAGAAAGCGCUACGGGCACAGCCCCUGAGUAUUCAAACCCGACUCCCACCCCGAAAAGAUAGCCGUCAAGGAGUAGAACGAAAAAUGCUCCCGACCACUACCGUGUCUAUAUCAAGAGAGGGUGACCAUGUGACUCCUACUAUUAAACCCGUCGUUCCUCUAAAAGCAGGUAACAAUACCACAACAUCAUCCAAACAUUUCCUCCCCCCUGCUUCUAGCUCUGGGAGCGGGCCACCGGCGCAAUCUGAAGCCCCCAAGACGAUCCACCAGGCAACCCCAGGCCUGUAUCUUGCCACGAUGCUCCAAGACAUAAAUCUAGAACAACAGCCAUCAAGCCGUUUUAGCGCUACUACAUAUGCACCAACGGAACCAGCAAACAGCCCACCCGGAACACCCCGCCCUCGAAUCGCUGAUAAAGACGCUCCGCCCGUCCCUUACAUGGCGGCAGGAAAGAAAAAGCCCCUCUCACAAACCUUCACCAAAGUCAUGGCACGCAAACCCACACCCUCAGAAAUGUCAACGUGGACCGCGAAGACAUUACCCCGCAGCCCGCCGGAGAUGGAAGCGGGCAACCGCAUCGAUGCCAUGGAGGCUAAGAUGAACGACCUCGCCCGACGCAAGGAUAACAUCAACACGAUCAUCCAUGAGUUGACGCAGGUAAUACAGCCCAGCUCGAUCGCGUAUGACAUAGCGACGAGAAGCGAGGUCAAGAAGUCUGUCACGAGUUUGAAUAACGAACUUUUGGAGAUUAGGAAGGAGGAACAUGAUGUUGGGAUGAAGUUGAUGAGGGCGCGCAAGAAGCAGGAUCAGGAGGAGUUUUAUCAGCCAUCUAGCAUUUGGAUUAAGAGGGUUACUGAGGACUACUGA